GAUGGGGGAUUGAAUUUGGGGGAGGGUUUGAAACAUUAGUUGGUGCUCAAUGGUUGCGAGUGUAGAGUGUGCAUUUGCCAGGGUGAGUGUGUGCGUGUAUGUUAAGGGGAGAGCCAAGACAGGAAUACAGAACUAACCACAAUCUCCCUCACUCUCUUUUGCGCUGCCUCUCUCUUCAUCCCUUACACACACGCUCUCUCCCUCUCUCUCACAAACAGAUGCACACACUCCCUCUUCUCGGUGUUCUCUCCCUCUCACUGCCUUUCUGAAUUCAGUGGGAUUUGACUCGGUCACUACGAUGUUUGCUGUUGCUGGAAGCUCUCUGCAGUGAGCACGCUGAGGUUAUGCUACCCAAAAGUCCUCCGUUGAGUAAGAAAGAGAGUGAAAAGGGCUAAGGACUGCUUCGCAACAUACUGCCCUGACCUUGUGAUCCGCAACGGAGCCAUGAACAACCCUAAGGAUGCCAGCGACACCAAUGUCGCCACCAACACUAUGGCCACAGCCACCUCAGCUCCAUCGGCCCCUUCUAGGCGGAGUGAAGAUGAUGAUGAUGACCUGAACAAGACCCUGGGGGUGCAGCAUUUCCAGCAGAUCCUCCACCCACCGGCCCGUGGACCCCCAAAGAAACACCGGGCCUACAACGAAGAAGACUUUGAGUACCACCGCCACUCCUCCCACCACAUCCACCACCCGCUGUCCAAACUACCCCCAGAAAGGAGGAAGAAGAAGAGCAAGAAGAAGGAAGCGGGAUGGAGGAGAGGAUCCGGGCCUGACGGAGCACCCAACAUAGAGGAGGACGAGGAAGAAGAGGACGCAGAUGAGUCCUACAGCCAGAACGAUGGAGAGGGGGGGCAGACCACCACACCCACACCUGAUACUGACACGGACACACACAACGAGGAUGUGCAGUUCUUCGUGUCUGAGGAUGACCCUGCCAGUGCCACUCCUGCCCCCACGCACAGCAAAGGUGGCAGUGCCACCCUUACCAGACGCCUCACCAUCGUACCUGAGACUGCCCUGGGUACCAACAUGCCAGAGGAUGCCACGGAUGAGCCAGUGGACUCAGUGUUGGCUCCCAACAAAGGGAGGAAUGGCCUAUCCUCUGGCCCCUCCCGGGAGUCCCACAACCCCUCCACACGGGGCUCCACGCCUCCCUCCUCCUCCGCCUCCUCUUCCUCCUCCAGGACACCGCCCCCUGGCAGCCGCGGCUACGACCUGCAGGAGCGCCGGCGCUCGGGCAACAUGACGGGCGGGCAGCAGGAGCGCCACCAGCGCCAGGCCACCGACGACAGCGAGGCCCAGAUGCUGGGGUCCGCCGACCUGGAUGGCAUCAAGAGUCACAGGUUCGAGGAUGUGCCUGCGGUGCGCCGUCACCUGGUCAGGAAGAGCAACAAGGGUCAGGUGGUGCACAUCAGCAAAGACCACAAGGAGCCUAGUGCCCACUGCUGCAAGUUGGACCGUACCCCACAUGAGCCAGUGCUUGAGUAUCGGUCCUCCUCGCAUUCGGACAGAAUGGUUCGCUUGGAGUUCGUGGGUCGUAUGGCACGGCACCAGAAGGUGUUUGUGGAGCUGAACGAGUUGGUGAUGGAUAAGAACCAGGAGUUGCAGUGGCGGGAGACGGCCCGCUGGAUCAAAUUUGAGGAGGACGUGGAGGAGGAGACGGACCGCUGGGGCAAACCCCACGUUGCCUCGCUCUCCUUCCGUAGUCUUCUGGAGCUCCGCAAGACCAUCUCCCACGGUGCGGUGCUACUGGACCUGAACCAGCACACCUUGCCUGGCAUUGCCCAUCAGGUGGUGGAGCAGAUGAUAAUCUCUGACCAGAUCAAAGUGGAGGACCGGGCCAAUGUCCUCAGAGCCCUACUACUCAAACACAGUCACCCGAGCGACGAGAAAGAACACAGCUCUUUCACGCAGAACAUCUCUGCCGCCAGCCUGGCCUCCCUGAUGGUGAACCACCACAGCAGCAGCAACCACAUAGGCCAAGCCGAGCCCUCUGCCAUUGACCCCGUCGUAGGUGGAGGAGAGGCCGCCUGCAUCCUUCCAGACACCCGCAUUGACAUGGAGAAGAGCGAGAAAGACAAUCCUCCCAAAUUGGGCAUGCACAGGUCCAAGUCCAAACAUGAGCUCAAGUUGCUGGAGAAGAUUCCGGAAAAUGCAGAGGCCACCGUCGUCCUCGUAGGCACCGUGGCCUUCCUGGAGCAGCCAUCCAUGGCAUUUGUGCGUCUGCAGGAAGCCGUCCUGCUGGAGUCUGUGCUGGAGGUGCCCGUCCCUGUACGUUUCCUCUUCCUUCUAAUGGGCCCGCCCAUCGCCAACAUCGACUACCACCAGAUCGGCCGCUCCAUCUCCACACUUAUGUCUGACAAGCACUUCCACGAGGCGGCGUACAUGGCGGACGAGCGGCAGGAUCUGCUGAACGCCAUCAACAGCUUUCUGGACUGUAGCAUUGUGCUGCCGCCGUCUGAGGUGGGCGGCGAGGAGCUGCUUCGCUCGGUGGCCCGCUUCCAGAGAGAGAUGCUCCACAAGAGAGAGGAGCAGCAGGGCAAGAAGCUCAAGGUCAAAGAGCCCAAGAGCCCAAAGGAUAAAGCUCUGCAGGCACCCUUCAAACCUGGGGAUGACCCUCUGCGCCGGUCGGGCCACCUGUUUGGGGGGCUGAUCAGUGACGCCGCACGGCGCUACCCCAAAUAUGCCAGUGACUUCCGUGAUGCACUCAACCCCCAGUGCAUGGCUGCCAUCAUCUUCAUCUACUUCGCUGCUCUGUCGCCCGCUGUCACCUUUGGAGGACUGCUGGGUGAGAAAACGGGGGGGUUGAUUGGCGUGUCGGAGCUGAUCAUCGCCACGGCGAUGCAGGGGAUCAUCUUUUCCCUCCUGGGGGCACAGCCUCUGCUGGUGGUGGGCUUCUCUGGACCCCUCCUGGUUUUUGAGGAGGCCUUCUACUCAUUCUGCAAUGCCAACCAUAUAGAGUACUUGACGGGCCGGGUGUGGAUUGGCUUCUGGCUGGUGCUCAUCGUGGUCAUCAUAGUGGCCUUUGAAGGUAGCUUCCUGGUCCGCUUCGUCACGCGCUUCACCCAGGAGAUCUUCUCCUUCCUCAUCUCCCUCAUCUUCAUCUACGAGACCUUCUCGAAACUGGGCAAGAUCUUUCAAGAGCAUCCUCUCCAACGCUGUUACCUGGUCAACGACACAUGGACAUCCUCAUCAUGCAACAACACUGUGGUUGGCGUGCCUGGCAAGGUGGUGGGGGAGCCCAACACAGCCCUCCUGACGUUGGUGCUAAUGUCCGGAACGUUCUUCAUUGCGUUUUACCUGCGCAAGUUCAAGAACAGUUCCUUUUUCCCAGGCAAGCUCCGUAGGAUGAUUGGAGACUUCGGGGUUCCCAUCGCGAUUCUCAUCAUGGUGUUGGUGGACUACAGCAUAAAAGACACCUACACCCAGAAGCUAAGCGUGCCCACAGGCUUCUCGGUGACCAGUCCUGAAAAGCGGCAGUGGCUGAUCCCCCCGCUGGGCUCGGACGGACAGUUCCCUGUCUGGAUGAUGGCCACCAGCAUCUUACCUGCCCUGCUCGUCUUCAUCCUCAUCUUCAUGGAGACACAGAUCACCACGCUGAUAGUCAGUAAGAAGGAACGGAUGCUGUUGAAGGGCUCCGGCUUCCACCUGGACCUGCUCAUCAUCGUGGCCAUAGGUGGGGUUUCGGCCCUGUUCGGUCUGCCCUGGUUGGCCGCCGCCACCGUGCGUUCUGUUACUCACGCAAACGCCCUUACCGUCAUGAGCAAGGCGGUGGCCCCCGGCGACAAGCCCCGUAUCCAUGAAGUGAAAGAGCAGAGGGUGACGGGCUUCCUCGUAGCUCUGUUUGUCGGUUUGUCCAUUGUGAUCGGAGAUCUCCUGCGUCAGAUCCCCAUCGCUGUGCUCUUUGGGAUCUUCCUCUACAUGGGCGUCAUGUCCCUCAACGGUAUCCAGCUCACCGAGCGCAUGUUGCUGCUUUUGAUGCCUCCCAAGUAUCAUCCUGACCACACUUAUGUCCGCAAGGUGAGGACCCUGCGCAUGCAUCUGUUCACGGGGAUCCAGCUGGUGUGUCUGGCGGCACUGUGGACAGUCAUGUCCACCGUGGCUUCGCUGGCCUUCCCCUUCGUCCUCAUCCUCACCGUGCCCAUCAAAUGGUUCCUAUUGCCCCGCAUUUUCACCACGCGCGAGAUGCAGUGUUUGGAUGCAGAUGACGCAGAACCUAAGUUUGAUGAGAGGGAGGGACAGGAUGAGUACACAGAGAUGGUGCCAACGUGAUGGACAUUCUGCCAACCAAUAUACACCCUAGCCCUACAGUAUACUCCAGGAAGUUGCUCCAAACCCACCAAAUCCUUUGUUUGUUCAGCUGAUAAUUUAUAACGCACCACUGAUGGUUUGAAAUGUUUUACUCAUUUUUUAAAUUGAAUUGUCUUGAAAGCUUUUUAGGGUCCCAACUCCCACAUCAUAUUUUUUUUGUCUGUUUUCACUAUAUUGCUUUUUGGAAGGUAGAUUUGUCCUUCAAAAAUAAUUUGAGUUACUAUGUUGAUUCAUGUUUUUAGGUAUCUUUGGGGUGUGUUUUAAUGUCAGGUGGGAGUUUGAAUUGCUAUGUGUCAAAGACUAGAGCCCAAUUCCAAGUCUCCACCUUCUGCGCAAAGUGUGCAGAAGGUGAAAUUGGGCAGAAACCACAUCCUCUGAGGUCAUGACCUAAGAAGAAGCACUUUAUUACGAUAGGAUCAGUACAGAUGUAGUAUACAUCUUAUCACUUUGUACUGAUGAAUAUAUACAUGUACAACAUAGUCAUAGACGAACAUUUACCAUUCAGUCUAGUUCCCACAGUUAAGCGUAUCAUUGCAGUAGUCUUUUGAAUGUUACAUAUUUAUUACUACUAUGGUACAUUUUUCAUUCAAGAGUGGGUCAAAUGUACACUACGUGGUUCUCAAUUCACAUGAUUUUACAUGGCCCUCCAGUAUGGCAAAUUCAUUUCAUUAAUGUUGUAGCUUCACUGAGAAGCACUUACCAUAAUGCACACUGACAGAAGUAAAAGCAACAAAAACCUGAUAAAUCUAAUGGUUCCCCAUCAAAAGGGCAACUAGGCUACGCUCAGUUAAUUGUUGUUUUCAAUGAGGAGGGUUUCUGUGCCCAUUCCAAUUGCCUUUAGUCCAAUACAAUAUGUUUAACUUGUACUGUACCUCAAAUUGCUUAAAUACAAGAGUAGAAAAGAUUUGCAUUAUAGAGCUUUGCAUUAUAGAACCAAUUAUUUGCAGUGUGUGUUUGUGGGGCCUGUCCAACUCUCUUUCGGCAAAUAGCAUGUGACUGUGACACCAUUAUAACUUUAUGUAUAAUAUGGUUUGAAUGGUAUUUGCAUUUAUUAUGGAUCCCCAUUAGCUGCUGCCAAUGCAGCAGCUGCUCUUCCUGGGGUCCAGCAAAAUAAAGGCAGUUUAUAUUGUAAAAAAACAUUACAAUACAUUCACAGAUUUCAGAAAACACUGUGUGCCCUCAGGCCCCUACACCACCACUACCACAUAUGUACAGUACUAAAUCCAUGUGUAUGUAUAGUGCGUAUGUUAUCGUGUGUGUGCAUGCAUGCGUGUGUCUGUGCCAAUGUUUGUUGCUUCACAGUCACCGAUGUUCCAUAAGGUGUUUUUUAUCUGUUUUUUAAACUCUAAUUUUACUGUUUGCGUCAGUUACUUCAUGUGGAAUAGAGUUCCAUGUAGUCAAGGCUCUAUGUAGUACUGUGGUCCUCCCAUAGUCUGUUCUGGACUUGGGGAUUGUGAAGAGACCUCUGGUGGCAUGUCUUGUGGGGUAUGCAUGGGUGUCCGAGCUGUGUGCCGAUAGUUUAGACAGACAGCUCGGUGCGUUCAACAUGUCAAUACCUCUCACAAAUACAAGUAGUGAUGAAGUCAAUCUCUUCUCCACUUUCAGCCAGGAGAGAUUGACCUACAUAUUACUAAUAUUAGCUCUCUGUGUACAUCGAGGGGUCAGUCGUGCUGCCCUGUUCUGAGCCAGUUGCAAUUUUCCUAAGUCCUUUUUUGUGGCACCUGACCACACGACUAAACAGUAGUCAAGAUGUGACAAAACUAGGGCCUGUAGGACCUGCCUUGUUGAUAGUGUUGUUAAGGCAGAGCAUCACUUUAUUAUAGACAGACUUCUCCCCAUCUUAGCUACUACUGCAUCAAUAUGUUUUGACCAUGGCAGUUUAUAAUCUAGGGUUACUCCAAGCAGUUUAGUCAUCUCAACUACAGUCACAAGCUAUUUGCCACACUUGAAUUUAAGAAAUUUGAGGUACAAUACAAGUUAGACAUAUUGUACUGGACUAAAGUCAAUUGGAAUUGGAAUGCUUUAUACAGGAUAUGGAUCCACCUCUGGGUAACAGAACGUUUUGUACGUGUAGGUGGUAACCAGAUUCGACACUGUUGUUUAAAAGCAGCCCUUAUUCAAAUUGAUUCAUUAUUUGCAAUUGAAUGAAUACAACCCUAGCAAUAAAGUAGCACUACAGUACCCAAUAAAGUAGCACUACAGUACCCAAUUGUGUGUAUUUGGGAUGAUACACAGGGGAAGCCUUCAUUCAUUAAUUUGGCAAAAUGUGUCAACAAUAAAAUAAAAAAUCCUAUCCUGUGGGAAUGACAAACCACAUUAUAUUAUUUGAAGAGCACAUACUGUAAGUCGCUUUCUACCGAUCACUUGCUGCUUAGAUCUCACCAUUGUGCUUCUCCGAACAUGUUAAAGAUGUUUGGUCCCAUUACCUACAUAGUCUUUCAUACCUGAAUACACUACAUACCACGAUUUACUUGAUUUUCACUGUUGUGUCCUAGUUGUAUAGUCUUGGUUUAACUGUCUGAACAACAGUAUGUACAGUAUGUCGGCUUUAAUGUACAGUAAACAGAAGUAGGAGACAUUCUAUUCAAUACAAAUUAAGGUAUUUUUAAGUAUGCACAUAUUUUUGGGCCCCAGUAGCUAAUCAUGUCUAUAAAGCCAAUGAGGAUAGUAUAUUAAUAACAGCUGUUUCCAUCUUAAAAUGUCACUAAAUGUGUUGUAACAUACACAGUCAUAAUACACGUUAUUGAGAUUCUGUUUACUUUCUACCAGAAAGUUAAACAUCAUACCGGUGCACUGAAAAAUUACAGUUGUUUGCAAGUAUUUCAAAAGUGUGUAGUAGGAAGACUGUGUCUCAUUGAAUCACUGCAAAGGAAGAGCAGUGGCUGCCAUGUAUGGGUUUGUUGUCAUCAUGUGCUCCAAAUUGCCUACUUUGCAGAUUUGCUUGCUGUUGUUACAGUUUUCAGUUUGUGUGCUUUGUCAAGUUCACCAGGUCAUAUCAUCUUUCCACUCAAAAUACAAUGUGAGAGAACAUAAGAUGCCACAAAUAUUUUAGCAUAUUUCUGGAUGCUAGCUUUGCAACGAAAUUGGGGAGGAAAAGGUUGUUGUUUUUUUAAACCAAAAAACAAUGCUUUGGGAUAAUUAACUGCAAAUAGUAUAGCAUGAGUGACAAAUAAAGAAGAAAGAAAAUAUAUUACAUACAAAUAUAUCCAUAUAUUUUCUUAGGAAACAAUCAUGGUUCAAGUGCUUUGGCUUUAGCUACAUUGCAAGAUGUUAAAAUAGACAAUCCGCCUUGGUCUUAUCCAUGUCAAGUUUGUAGAAUGACAAAAAUGGACUGGUUUUAAAUGUGUUUUUUUUAACAUGUAUUAUAUAUAUGUAAAUGUCUAUUAAUGAUCAAAUGAAACUGAAA